UGUCAAAGGCACAUGAAAAGAGUGAACACGCGUAUCUGUUCAUAAGCCAUGAGUUUAUGUGGACUUUCUGGAUUGGGUUGCAAAGCGUAGCAAAGCGAGUAGAAGCGAGACGUCUUCGCUUACUGGAGGCUGGGGGCAAGCGUCCACCUCGACAGAAAAAGGCCAGCGCGCCAUCCAGCCCCCACCCAUCUGAAAGAGCAAAGCUUCGGAGGAGACGACGACGUUCGACUGGAGUCAGCGUCUCCUCCUCUGAGGGAGGCGGGGUCUCCUCUGUCCCCGCCCCGAGCAGCCGCUGUCAGAGAGAGUGUCUCGGCUGCUGUCCAGUGCGCAGAUGCGCCGCCGGAGCCCCUCCUGCCCGCCGGAGGAGAGCGCUGCCUGAGCCAGGAGGAGACGCGAAGAGGCCGAGGCCGCCGGUGGUCGCAGCAGCAGCAGCAGCAGCAGCAGCAGCAGCAGCAGCAGCUCAUGGCUUCCCGCGCCGGUGGCUGAGGAGAGCGAGCGCGCGCGGAGCUGGCGGCUGUGUCUCCUCCGGUGAGGCGACGCUUGGGCCCUCCCGCAGCCAAGCGCCCUUGCUGUGGGGCUCGGCGACGGCUCCAGCGCUGGCUCGUCCUCCUUCCUCCUCCUCCACCCCCACCCCCCGUGGCGGUGUUAUGGCCCCUUGCUGGCGCACAAAAGGGUCCCUUGCUUGGAGGUCAGCGCAGUUCCUGCUCCUCGUCGCCUCCUGCUGUGGAAACAGUGCUCUUGCAGAACGUUCUGAAAAUGUGCAUAUUUCAGGAGUGUCAACUGCUUGCGGAGAUAUUCCAGAACAAAUUAGAGGUCCAAGUGGGAUAAUCACUAGCCCAGGCUGGCCUCUUGAAUAUCCUGCCAGAAUCAACUGUAGCUGGUAUAUCCGGGCAAACCCAGGGGAAAUUAUUACCAUAAGUUUUCAGGAUUUUGAUGUUCAGGGAUCACGGCGAUGCAGCUCAGAUUGGCUAACGAUAGGGGCCUACAAAAACAUGGAAGGUUACAGAGCAUGUGGAUCUUCUAUUCCAUCACCAUACAUCUCUUCACAGGACCACGUUUGGAUCAGAUUUCAUUCAGAUGAUAGUAUAUCACGGAAAGGCUUCAGACUGACAUACUUUGCUGGGAAAUCUGAUGAAACAAGCUGCGAUUGUAACCAGUUCCAUUGUGCUAAUGGGAAAUGUAUUCCGGAAUCUUGGAAGUGUAAUGCCAUGAAUGAAUGUGGAGACAACUCCGAUGAAGAAAUCUGUGCCAAAGUUAACCCUCCUACUGCUGCUUCCUUCCAGCCAUGUGCAUACAACCACUUUCAGUGUCUGUCUCGCUUCAAUGUUUAUACUUGCAUUCCAGAAUCCUCAAAAUGUGAUGGAAAUCUUGACUGUCUUGACUUGGGAGAUGAAAUAGACUGUGGUGUGCCAACAUGUGGGCAGUUGCUAAAAUAUUUUUAUGGUACUUUCAAUUCUCCCAAUUAUCCAGACUUUUAUCCUCCAGGGAGCAACUGCACUUGGCUGAUAGACACUGGUGAUCAUCGUAAAGUUAUUUUGCGUUUCACUGACUUCAAACUUGACGGUACUGGUUAUGGGGACUAUGUUAAAAUAUAUGAUGGAUUAGAGGAGAAUCCACGUAAACUGUUACGUGUUCUAACUGCUUUUGACUCUCAUGCCCCUCUUACAGUUGUUUCUUCUUCUGGUCAAAUCAGAGUGCAUUUUUGUGCUGACAAGGUGAAUGCAGCAAGAGGAUUUAAUGCUACAUAUCAAGUAGAUGGCUUCUGUCUGCCAUGGGAAAUUCCAUGUGGCGGAAACUGGGGUUGUUAUACAGAGCAGCAGCGCUGUGAUGGCUAUUGGCAUUGUCCAAAUGGACGGGAUGAAACCAACUGCACCAUGUGCCAAAAAGAAGAAUUUCCCUGCUCUCGGAAUGGUGCCUGCUAUCCACGCUCUGACCGAUGCAACUAUCAAAAUCAUUGUCCCAAUGGUUCGGAUGAAAAGAAUUGCUUCUUUUGCCAGCCAGGAAACUUCCAUUGCAAAAAUAAUCGAUGCGUGUUUGAAAGCUGGGUUUGUGAUUCUCAAGAUGAUUGUGGUGAUGGUAGCGAUGAAGAGAAUUGCCCCGUUAUUGUGCCCACUAGAGUAAUCACUGCUGCUGUUAUUGGGAGCCUUAUUUGUGGGCUACUCCUUGUCAUUGCUUUGGGGUGCACUUGUAAGCUGUAUUCUUUGAGAAUGUUUGAACGAAGAUCAUUUGAGACCCAGUUGUCAAGGGUUGAAGCUGAGUUGUUAAGAAGAGAAGCACCUCCUUCUUAUGGACAGUUGAUUGCUCAGGGUUUAAUUCCACCAGUUGAAGAUUUCCCUGUUUGUUCACCAAAUCAGGCUUCAGUUCUGGAAAAUUUGAGGCUAGCAGUGCGAUCUCAGCUUGGGUUUAGCUCCAUCAGACUUCCAAUUGCAGGCCGGUCAAGUAAUAUUUGGAACAGAAUUUUUAAUUUUGCAAGAUCUCGUCAUUCUGGAUCCUUGGCAUUGGUUUCAUCAGAUGGGGAUGAUAUUGCCAGCCAGAAUACUAACAGAGAAACUGAACGAAAUGGUUCUCACCGAAGCCUCUUUUCAGUGGAAUCUGAUGAUACAGACACAGAAACUGAACGAAGAGACACAGCUGGUGCAGUUGGUGGUGUUGCUGCUACUUUGCCUCAAAAGGUCCCUCCUGCAACAGCUGUAGAAGCAACUGUAGUUUGUGGAACUUCCUCAGUUCAGAAUACCAAUGGUAGUACAGAUAACGGACGAGAAGCAACAAGCGCGGAACCCCCAAGUUCCAGUCCAGGACGCCAUCAGUUCUCUAGUGCACUAAGUCGUAUGACUCAAGGGUUACGAUGGGUACGCUUCACUUUAGGAAGAGCAAGUCCAGUAAAUCAGAACCAAAGUCCUUUAAGACAGCUUGAUAAUGGAGUGGGUGGAGGAAGAGAUGAAGACGAUGAUGUUGAAAUGCUAAUUCCAGUUUCUGAUGUAGUGUCAGACUUUGAUGUGAAUGACUGUUCAAGGCCUCUACUUGAUCUCACAUCUGACCAAGGACAAGGACUUAGACAGCCUUACAGUGCAACGCAUAAUGGAGUACGGUCUUGUAACCGAGAUGGCCCGUGUGAGCGCUGUGGGAUAGUACAUACCGCCCAGAUACCUGACACUUGCUUAGAAGCAACACUGAAAAAUGAAACAAGCGAUGAUGAGGCUUUGCUACUCUGUUAAGUAUGGAUUGAAUGGGAAUGUAUGCAAGUUGGAGCAAUAUUGGUGAUUGUUUUUGUACUUCAUAAUUAAGGAAAAAAUCCCCUAGUUUUUAGUUUCAAAAAAAUUCCAGGGCAAAUGAUGUGACUUACGCAUUUUAUUGUGCAUGAAUGAAUCUUUGGGCAACUAUUUUGCCACCAGCCUAAUGUACAUCUGUUGCUACUUCGUUAUUCUUUCAAAGUCAUCUACUGAUGACUUUCCCAGCAACUGUUUUUCCUACGAGUAGUCUUAAAGCGUGUGCAUGGAAGCAACUGCAGAUAGGAUGUCUCUGUAAUGUGUGAAAUGUAUGAGUAGUAGAUAAGCAUUGAAAUAUGCCAGGCUUGUCAGACCAUUUUGCAUUUUAUGCAUUGCAGAGGCUUAUGCAUCUGCAGCCAGUUUCCUACACAUUCUUCAACAUGAAGGUAGAGAAAGGUAAUCCUGGGAAGUGGCCUCCAUUUCAGAUAGGCUUAACAUGGUGGUGUAAUUCACAGCAGAAACUUGGCUGCUCAACCACUUUUGGCUGCCUGGCACUUAAUCCAAGUUGACAGGCUAGUUUGUACAGAAUAUUUAUUCUCUUUUGAAAUUAAAUCCAGUGUACUAUUGCCAAUAUAAUUGUAACUGAAUAUACUAAAUGCUGAUUAUUGCUAAAUAUUUUUUCCUUUUGUGGUUUAUAAUAUUUUGUCUAAUUAAUGAAUGUCAUCAUGGUGAACUUUUUCAGAGGGAGGAGAGACUUUCUCCAAAACACUUAUAUAUUUUUUCCUUUUAAAAGUUCAAACAGCAGUUAACUUAGAUAACUAAUGGCAAAAAAUCUUUUGUAGCUUUUAUAACAUUGACUUUAAUAAGUUUGUCUGGUAUGGUACAAUCAAAUAAGGUGUAAACAUUCACAAUAAUUUUUCAUCUAUCUUUGAAGAUAGAUAUCUGAAGUGAUUAAAAUAUGCAGUUAAUUCUUGUAUAUAAUGUUUUUUUAAGCUGAAAUAGGUACAUAUAACUCUAGAAAAUAUGUUCCAACUGCUAAUAGCUCUUUCCCCUAACAGGGUUUAAAUUUGUUUGGUUUAAAGGGAUUUGCACUAAAAUUAUAUUCUCUAAAGAGCUUAGUGCACAAGCACUAUCACUUUAAGUACUAUUCUUUAAUACAGCAAUGAAUAUAUAUAAUAUUUCCAUCUCUCUGUUCUUGGGUUGUUGCUUUCUUCUGUUGUUCGUUGCUGCAACUCAAUUUGCUUUACUAACUUCCUAUUUAUUCAUUGUAUUUAAAGGCUGGUUUACCUGGCAUCCUGUUGUGCUUUUUGUUUUUUAAAAACGUAUAUUUCAAGGGUUUUUGUUUGGUUUUUGUUACAUCACAUUGUUGGUGCAAAAUACACCAGUGGGGGGAAAGUGUUCAUAGUUUCCAAUUUUGUGACCAGCAGGUGGUUGUUACUUCUACAUGAUAUCAAAAAAUCCAUAUUUUGAGAAGGUGAAAAUUGUUGGUUGCUGUUAUAUUUAUUCUUUGCAAGUCUAAGUAGGCUUAAUGAUUUAGUAUGAAAAUGUAUUUGUGUGUGACUGUAUGCUAUUUAUUAAAUUUUACAUACUUUGCUGAAUGUCAUUUUAAAGCA